GCAGACCCUAUUAGAUUAGCCCAGCCAAUGGCGGCUGCGGCAACGCUUAGCGCUCCCCUUGGUUUGGCCGUUCCUGGUGUGCCCGUUGCACACCGCAGUAGCGUGGAGCACCAGACGCCGCCGAGAGCCAAUUGGCAACGCAGCAUCGCGUUGGCGGCUGGCCUAUCACAGCUGAGCGGCAUUCGGGCUCGGCACGAGCGGCGGCUGCAGUCGAGGCAUGUGAGAUUGGCGCGAGAAUCCGUUUCGACUCUGGUGCCGGAGCCUACCUUGGCUGAAGCCAGUGACCGUGCUGUGGUCUGGUUCCGGGCCGGCGACCUUCGAAGUCAAGACCACCCAGGACUGCGGGCGGCUUCCGCUGCUCCACAGGGGCUGCUUUGCUGUUACAUAUUUGAGGCCAACGAGCUUGCACGGCUGUCCCAACGGCGACUUGCCUUGCUGCGGACAGCUGUGGAAGACUUGCAGAGACAACUCCGAAAGCUCGGAAUGCCAUUGCACAUCCUGGUGGCCGAGGAUGCAGCUCAAGAAGUGAUGAGGCUCAGCAAAGAGGUGGGAGCGAGUGAUGUCUAUGUUCACGAAGACCCGGCAGACGUGCGCAUGGAUGGCCUAGCAAGACUACAAGAGCUAUGCAAGGAGGGGCCCGCCAUCAGAACAUGGCGUUCACCGUUGCGCGUGGAGGCUGGCUCCUUGGGUCAAACCAGGGCUCAUGAUGUGUAUGCAGCAGCAAUCCAAGCGGUAGAGCCAACGGCUCCGCUGGCUCCUGUGGACCCACCGGCUUCGUGGGACUUCGAUUACAACGAGAAGAUUCCAAGCUUCGAGGAUCUGCGAUCCAAGCUGUUGGCAUCUUCGAGCGGGGGGCAGCUGCUCUUGCGGGAAUCUUUGAAUUAUGCACCUGGAUUGGGCUCAGAUGUAGCUGGAGAGGAGGAAGCUCUGCGAAUUCUGGAGCUUUACGUCCAGGAAGGGGCCGAGGCCGUCGCCAAAGAUUUGUGGGGGCCUGAAGGUGCAGGAAAGGAAGUGCCGCGCUCCAAAGAAGAGUGGGCAUUUCGUCGGAUUGCCAAUGGACCGGAUGGAUAUAGGGGAUUGAGACCAGCAGAAGUUUUCAGCCGCACUUUGAGUGAGAAGCUCCUGUGGUUGGGCUGCAUAUCCAUGCGCACCGCCGCCCAACGCUUGCAACAGGGCUCCGAGGAUUGUCAAGCAGCCCUUGAAGCACUCGAAGCCAAUGAAUGGCAUCGGCUCUUGGCGUUGGCUGACUUGCGCGAAGCGGAGUCGACGGGCACCCGUCCUCUUGAUGUCCGCUUUUUCCGCUGGCGAGGUUAUUUGUGCCGAUACAUCGACCCUAGCUUGGGUGAUGAAAAUUUCAGGGUUUGCUUCUUGGGCACACCUCGUUUGAAUGGCCUGGGCAGGCGUGUACAUGUCGCAUCUGUUGCAGCAUGUCAAACCGAGGCGCCAACAAAUCCCACGGCUGAAAUGCCUCCCUUGUUGGCGAUCCAUGGAUUUGCAGCCUCCUGCACGCAGUUCGCUCCACUGGCACAAGCGCUCGAGGAGAGGGAGCACCCCAUGGACGUCUAUGCGCUGGAUCUUAUAGGUUUUGGCCAUGCCGAAAAGCCGCCCCUAUCGAUCACACAGUACGUUUGGGAGCAAUGUGUGAAAGACUUCUUGUUGGCCGUGGUUGGUCGACCUGCUGUUCUCAUGGGCAACUCAAUUGGAGGCUACAUGGCACAAUCUGCCGCUGCAUUCCUGGGCGGUGAGAUAUGCCUUGGUGUUGUUCUCCUCAACUCGGCCGGCCCGCUGCUGUCUGUGAAGGAUUAUCAGACCCUGCUGCAGAACAGUGGCGGGACAGUCAUAGAGCGAAUGCAAAAGGGCUAUGGAUCUGAUGCCGGGCUGCCUGAAUAUUCUCCACCACCACAAUGGUUGGUAGACUUCGGUGCCUGGGCCUUGCUAACAGGGCUGCAGCCCAACAUCAGUGGCAUCCUUAAGCGGCUCUAUCCCAGCAACCAGGAGCCAACUGCUGACCUUGCCCUGGAGAUCCUCCGGGAUUCCAAGGACCCCUUCGCCAGCAACGUCAUCGGGUGCUUCAGCCGACUGGGGCCCAACCGCCCAACCAAUGAGCUGCUCGCGGAGUAUGCGAGCACAGGCGGUCGGCUCUUGAUCUGUCAAGGUAUGGCGGACCAGCUGGGUGGCGGCCCCGACAAUCAGCCCAUCCGCCUGCAAGGUUUUCAGUCGGCCGUGCCUGGGAUGCAUACCCGUGGGGUACCUCUUGACGGCUGUGGCCAUUGUCCUCACCAUGAAGCCCCUACCAGAGUGGCGGAUGCGGUUCAUUCCUGGGUUUUCGAGGAGGUUCGGAAGUGAGCGCAACAUUUUUCCAAGACUUCAGUCAAGCACAUAGGUUGACAUCCGCGACAUAGACUGCAAACCGGCCAGAGCCUGGCGGAGAUGAGCCGAC